AUGCAAGAUAAAUCGAAUACAAAUUCAAGUGUCCAAGAAUCGUAUUCUCCUUAGAAGCCAGCAGAAGGUGGAGAGAAAAAGAAGAGAACCAGAACUCGUAAGUACAGCGAUGCUCAACGCGAACACAAGUGUGAGUGUGGAAAGUCAUACUUGAGCUAUCCUGCCCUCUACACACACAUGAAAUAGAAACAUAAUGGGUAAUCAUUGAAGAACCUGGAUGAACAAAGGUUGGAAUCAACAUUUUCAGAGUCACAAACUUAGGACAUCUUUGCCACUCUUGCCAAUGCCUUAGGUAAGGAGGAAGAUAAAUCUCAGACUUCCUUUAAUAAUGAAGAUAUGUACGAUCUAAUCAAUUGGGAAUUGUAGUUAUAAAUGAUGGAGACCGACAAUAAACUUAUCAAAUUGGAUUACUAUCGCGAACUUAUGAAACCAACGCAACCUGCUGAUAUAACUACUCCCCAAGAUGCAUUUAUAAGGUUUAUUCACGAACUCAAAGGAGUCCUUAGUUAUGAAUAGAUGAAGCUUAUCUUUCUCUUUGUGUACUCCUUUCGGAAACUUCUGAUCGACUAUCCAGACUGUCCUACUAGUGGGUUAGUUGAAAAGGCGAAUUAGUUAAUAUGUUCUCAGUUGGAUAAAGUACUUUAAAGUAUCCAAUAAUUAUCAAAUCGAAAUUACAUUGUACAUUUAUGUAGAGUACCCAAUCUGAGAGAGGUAAUGAUCAAAAUAGUACUUGGAUUUUGUAAUUGGCUAUAUGCUCGUCAUUUGACUGAUGACAAAUUACUUCUGAAGAGCGAUUCUGAUUGAUUUUUUAUAUCAAAAAUAGAAAUCAUUCUUGAGAAGCAAUCUC